CGGGUUUUCAUACAAGGACCGUUUUUAUUUGACAUUUUAGGAAUACUAUACCAUCUAAAUGUGUCAUGCAAAAAGAAAGAGGGAAAAACUAAAUUGUACAUGUGAACGGAAACCCGUUUGGAUCAGUUUGCUGUAAAGCUAAUGAUCAGAAUCACAGGUGAACCAGAAUUCACAUGUGUCUCCUUGUGAAAGAAGAGCAGACGAAAGAAGAUAAUCAUCAGAAGAGACAGUCAUGGCAGCUGAUCUAGAUGUGGUGAAUCUGCUAAUCAUCGCUGGAGGAACACUGGCCGUACCCAUCCUGGCUUUUCUGGCCUCCUUCCUUCUCUGGCCAUCUGUACUUAUUAAAGUGUAUUACUGGUACUGGAGGAGGACUUUGGGCCUGCAGGUACGCUAUGCAGACUGUGGUGGUUAUCGCUUCUGUUACUCCUACAGAGGAAAACCUGGGAUGAGACCUUCCAUCUUAAUGCUCCAUGGCUUCUCUGCUCACAAAGACAUGUGGCUAACUCUUGUAAAGUAUUUGCCAAAACAUUUACACAUCGUGUGUGUGGACAUGCCUGGCCACGAAGGGACAACACGCAUCAACACAGACGAUUACUCCAUUCAAGGGCAGGUCACAAGGAUCCAGCAGUUUGUUGAAACCAUUCACUUAAAUAGGAAACCAUUCCAUCUGGUUGGAACCGCCAUGGGAGGACAUGUAGCUGGGGUUUAUGCAGCUUGCUAUCCCUCAGAAAUCUGCAGCAUGACUCUCAUUUGUCCAGACGGUAUUAGAAAUCCCUGUGAGUCCAAAUUCGACAACCAUUUGCAGGACCUUGAACACAGCAACUACACACUGAGCAUCCCGCUGAUCCCCACUACUCCUGAAGAGAUGGAGGACAUGUUCAGAAUGUGUUCCCACGUUCGUUUUAAAAUUCCUCAGCAGAUUCUUCAAGGACUGGUUGAUGUCAGAGAACCUCACAACACAUUCUAUGAACAAGUAUUUAUGGCGAUUCUGGGUGAGAAAUCAAGAUAUGCCUUACAGGAGCACUUGCAUCUAAUAACUGCACCUUUACAAGUGAUUUGGGGCAAACAAGAUCAGGUGGUGGAUGUGUCUGGAGCUACAGUCAUUGCAGAGGCGUUACCUGGAUGCAGAGUGGACCUAUUAGACAACUGUGGUCACUCGGUGGUGAUGGAGAAGCCUUGUCGGACGGCCAAACUCCUCCUGCAGUUCAUUAUCUUUCAGCAAAAUGCUAAGACAAAAAAGUCUUCCUGAUUAAAUGGUUCCAAAUCACGUGCUUCCACUCUCAUGCACAAUCUGUUCUUCAGGGAAAUACACUCGGUGGAUAAGAAAUUGAUGUGUUUCUGAAUUUCCCAAUUAUUAUGUAAACUGGAUGAUGAUGGUGAUGAUGAUGAUGAUGAUGCUGAUGAUGGUGAUGAUGAUGAUGAUGAUGAUGAUGAUGAUGAUGAUGAUGAUGAUGAUGAUGAUGAUGAUGAAGAUGAUAAAAGUUU